AUGGGCUUCAGACCGUUACGUUCCUCUAAUGACAAUCUAGUGAUUAUUACCAACCACAUUCGUGCGGGCUUUCUCAGGGGCGAAGUCAUGGCUGCGGCUUUCCUGGACAUUCAGGGAGCGUUCGAUAAUGUGGUUCCCGGCUUACUGGUUGAGGAUCUCAAGAACAUAGACAUCCCCGCCGUUAUAAGGCAAUUUGUGUGGCACCUUACAGGAGAAAGAGAAAUUUACUUUGUAGUGGAUCGCGAAAAAACGGGACCUCGUCUUGUGCACAAGGGCACUCCGCAGGGCUCCACCCUCAGUCCUAUCUUGUUUGACAUAUAUCUCAAGGACGUCAAUGAUCAAUUGCAUGAGGACACACGCAUACUUCAGUAUGCUGACGACAUUGUCGUCUAUUCGUCGGCCUCAGUGACGGAUACCUUUAACUCCAUUCAGAUUUCACUGAACAAGCUGGUGACUCUUUUGAGAGACCGAGACAUGGAGCUUUCUGCAUCCAAGUCCAAACUCAUUGUCUUCUCGGAAAAAAGGAGUUUACGUCCGAAUACCGUUCCAAACGUCUGUAUAAACAAUCAACGGCUGGACCUGAGCGCAUCUGUCAGAUUUUUGGGAGUCAUCUUGGACUCCAAACUCAGUGGUAAAGAACAUCUAAACUACCUUAUCCAGAAAACUACUUCUAAUAUCAUCGCUACUUUAGCAGGUAUUUGGUGGGGAUCUCACCCUCAAUCUCUUCUCACUAUUUACAGAGCCAUCUUUAGAGGCGCAAUCGAAUACGGAACUCAGGUAUAUUCAUUUAACAAUAAUGCCACUCUAUUUCUAAAACUCGACAGGCUUCAGUACAAGAUAAUUCGGAAGGCGAUGGGCUACAGGAUAUCUACGCCCAUUAACAUCAUUCUCUAUAAGGUCAAGGAACAACCCCUUAAGCAGAGAUUUGCGCUCCUCACAGCAAAAUUUUUAUAUAAAUCUUUCGCGCAGAAGUUCAGCCUGGUCACAAGUAGCAUCCAUGACAUGGAAAUUGCGGCUAACACGCACUCUAAAAGGGUGGCGGCGCUGGGCUCCUCCCCUUCUUUCAAAGAUGCCCCCCAUCUGCAAGUUUUAGCGGAGUUCACUGAACGUACGCGAGAGCUUACUGAUUCGUCCUUCGCAUUCUACACGGACGGCUCUAAGCUGGAAGAGAACGGUCCUGUUGGAGCCAGCAUUUACUCCCCAGAUCUAGGAUUCAGAAGGUCCUGCAAGUUGCCAUCGGAACUUUCGGUUUUCUCCGCCGAGAAGUGGGCGAUUUUGGAAACGGUCUUUUUUAUUAGGGAUGGCAGACUCCUGAGCUCUGUCAUUUUCACAGACUUUAGGAGUGUGAUUGAAGCCAACUCUACUGUGCACAACUCUAGUCUCAAUCACAUAGUUCAUCAGCUCAAAUACGCUCUGUAUUGUGCAAAGACCGAGGGCUUGAACAUCGUCAUUUUUUGGAUUCCGGCUCACAGGGGCAUACCAGGAAACAAAACCGCGGACGCUCUGGCAAAACAAGCAGCUCGGGAUACCAACUCCAGACGGGACAUAAAGGUCCCUUUCACUGACGCUCUGAAAAACGCGAAGGACGCUGCCAAGGGACUCCUUUAA